UCGUCCUGUGAGGAGCAUGGGUGUGAGGUGUGGCGCGAGCGACCGCGAACCGUCGAUGGUAACGGUGACCGGUAGCGCGCGUUAGCCCGGAGUGGAGUGGGCUAGGGCGGGAGGUAGUCUGCCUGGUUUUGGCUGUCAUUGUUUCCGGCGUGGAUGAGCCGCCUUUGCUGUUGUUGUUUGUCCGAUCCCUUGCGAUGAAAAUGGUGGAGCCGGUGGGAUUCGUGGAAGCCUGGAAGGCUCAGUUCCCCGACUCUGAGCCGCCCAAGAUGGAGCUGAAGAGCGUCGGCGACAUUGAGCAAGAGCUAGAGAGCUGUAAAUGCAGCAUUCGGAAACUGGAGCUGGAGGUAAACAAGGAGCGGUUUCGCAUGAUUUACCUCCAGACGCUGCUGGCCAAAGAGAAGAAGAGCUAUGACAAGCAAAGAUGGGGUUUCAGAAAGUCCACGGUCCUAAUGGAACAAGACGAUGAGAUGCCUCAGGACUCUUUGCAUCAUCAUCCUCCCGCCAGGGAAGGGGAAGAAACUAUGUAUCACCCCGGAGAGGACAAUUCAAAGAGGCAGACCGAAGGCGUUGAAGGGAUGAUGGACACCAGGGGUGAGAUAGAAAGCUCACCAACCAGGCAGAGGUCAUCCUUAACGAGGAGGGCGGUAGCAACGCCAGAGAGGGACGCGGGGCGAGGUUUCAGCCAAGAUUGUGAACAGAUUGAGAAAAAAGAUAAAGCUGGAGCUGGCACAAGUGUGGCUGCAUUGAGGUCCAAUUUCGAGAAAAUUAAGAGAACCAAUUCACACUCUGGGGAUGGCAAAGGUGUGGACAAACCUCUGUAUGUCAAUGUAGAGUACCACCAUGAGAAAGGAUUGGUGAAAGUCAAUGACAAGGAGGUAUCUGACAAGAUCAGUACAAUUGGGAGUCAGGCCAUGCAGAUGGAGCGGAAGAGGUCAUUGCACUCUUUCCCUAGUACUGUGGGAUCAGUGGACUACCGCAAACACACAUACAGAGGUAGGUCAACAGACAGCAGCUCUGGGUAUGACCCGGAGUAUGAUGACAUAGAUCUGAAUCCUAGAUUCUUGAAGGAUAAUCUCAUCCGUGCCACUGCCAAUGGAAGCAAACCUGACAAGGAACCUUGGCAGCAAGAAUUUCAGCCAUAUGAAAGUGUUUAUAUUGGUGGAAUGAUACAAGAUAGUAAUAGUAAACCCAGUGUUGGCUUGAGAGACUGUGGAAAACUUCAGAGCACUACAGAUCAUGAGAAACAUCUAACAUGGCCUCGGAGGUCCUAUUCGCCUGGUGCUGAUGAUGUUGGUGGAGGAUAUACUCCAGACUGCAGUUCGAAUGAAAAUUUAACUUCAAGUGAAGACGAUUUUUCUUCUGGCCAGUCGAGUCAUGUUUCUCCCAGCCCCACCACCUAUCAUACUUUUCGGGAAAAAAGCCGGUCUCCCUCUCAAAACUCACAACAAUCUUUUGAUAGUAGCAGUCCACCCACCCCACAGUCACAAAAGAGGCACAAACACCAAGUUACUGUACAGGAAGCAAUGGUAGUUGGUCUCAGGAAGCCGGGACAAAUUUGGGCAACUGAAGCUGAUCUUGCCCACAGGAGUACUGAAGAGGACAGUUUCCAUGGAGACCCAGAUACACUCUACAGCAACACGCUACCAAUCUAUGAGUAUGAUGCAGAUCGAGUCGAGGAACAAAGACGGAACCAGGAAAGCAUGCCCUACAUAGAUGAUUCACCUUCGUCAUCACCUCAGCUCAGCUCCAAAAGUCGGGGUAGCAGGGACACUAUAUCGUCUGGGUCCUUGGAAUCAACCAAGUCCAGCGAACCAGAUUUGGAGAAGGGCCUGGAGAUGCGAAAAUGGGUUCUAUCUGGAAUCCUAGCCAGUGAGGAAACAUACUUGAAUCAUCUAGAGGCACUUCUUUUGCCUAUGAAGCCUCUUAAAGCAGCUGCUACCACAUCUCAGCCAGUCCUCACGAGCCAACAAAUAGAAACCAUCUUCUUCAAAGUGCCUGAGCUUUAUGAGAUUCACAAAGACUUCUAUGAUGGCCUUUUCCCCAGAGUUCAGCAAUGGAGUCAUCAUCAGUGUGUUGGAGACCUCUUUCAAAGACUGGCCAGCCAACUUGGGGUAUACAGAGCAUUUGUGGAUAACUAUGAAAUCGCUGUAGAGACAGCAGAGAAGUGUUGUCAAGCCAACACGCAGUUUUCAGAAAUUUCAGAGAAUUUAAAAGUCAGGAGUACAAAAGACUUGAAAGAUCAAAGCACUAAGAAUUCUCUGGAAGCUCUUCUGUAUAAACCUGUUGACCGUGUCACCCGAAGCACACUUGUUCUCCAUGAUUUAUUAAAACACACACCAGUUGGUCACCCAGAUCAUCCUUUGCUACAAGAUGCCCUCCGUAUUUCACAGAACUUCUUGUCAAGCAUUAAUGAGGAAAUCACUCCCAGGAGACAGUCCAUGACUGUGAAGAAAGGCGAGCAUCGGCAACUAAUAAAGGACAGCUUUCUGGUCGAACUUGUGGAAGGAGCGCGGAAACUUCGACAUGUGUUCCUCUUCACUGAUCUUUUUCUUUGUGCAAAGAUGAAGAAACAAGUAGCAGGCAAGAACCAACAAUAUGACUGUAAGUGGUACAUUCCUCUAGCUGAUCUGAGUUUCCAAAAUUUGGAUGAGUCAGACAACACUCCAACCAUUCCAUUGGUACCAGAUGAAGAAUUGGACACCAUGAAAAUAAAGAUCUCUCAGAUCAAGAAUGAAAUUCAGAGAGAAAAGAAAGCCAAUAAAGGCAGCAAAGUGAUUGAACGACUGAAAAAGAAACUGUCAGAACAAGAAUCGCUGUUACUGCUGAUGUCUCCAAACAUGGCUUUCAGAGUGCACAACAGGCAUGGCAAGAGCUAUGUAUUCCUGAUAUCAUCAGAUUAUGAGAGGGCUGAAUGGAGAGAAAUCAUCCGUGAACAGCAAAAGAAAUGUUUUAAGAGUUUUUCACUCACUUCUGUUGAACUACAGAUGCUCACAAAUUCAUGUGUGAAGCUGCAAACAGUUCACAAUAUUCCAUUAACUAUCAAUAAAGAAGAUGAUGAAUCCCCUGGCCUUUAUGGGUUCCUGAAUGUAAUUGUCCACUCAGCUACUGGAUUCAAACAGAUAUCAAAUUUGUACUGUACAUUAGAAGUAGAUUCAUUUGGCUACUUUGUUAACAAAGCAAAGACAAGAGUCUACAGGGACACAAUGGAACCAAACUGGAAUGAGGAAUUUGAAAUAGAACUGGAAGGAUCUCAGACGCUACGAAUUUUAUGCUAUGAAAAAUGCUACAACAAAACAAAACUCACCAAAGAAGAUGCUGAAGUUACUGAUAAAAUCAUGGGGAAAGGACAGAUUCAGCUACAGAGAAGGUGCAGAGAAAGAUCAACAUUACGAUAUGAGAGAUCAUACAAAAGUCGAAUAACCGUGGGGAAGAAACUGUUCUUCAAUCAGUUGCUGGAGCCACAAGUGUUGCAGGACAAGGACUGGCAGAGAACUGUCAUAGCGAUGAAUGGGAUUGAGGUGAAGUUAUCGAUGAAAUUUACCAGUCGGGAGUUCAGUUUGAAACGGAUGCCAUCUCGAAAACAAACUGGAGUCUUUGGUGUAAAGAUCGCAAUCGUCACCAAGCGGGAAAGAUCAAAGGUGCCUUACAUAGUGCGACAAUGUGUGGAAGAGAUUGAGAGACGUGGAAUGGAGGAGAUUGGAAUUUAUCGAGUUUCAGGAGUUGCAACAGACAUUCAGGCCCUUAAAGCUGCUUUUGAUGUCAAUAAUAAAGAUGUCUCUGUGAUGAUGAGCGAAAUGGAUGUUAAUGCCAUUGCGGGAACCUUGAAACUCUAUUUCCGUGAGUUGCCUGAACCACUUUUCACAGAUGAGUUAUACCCUAAUUUUGCUGAAGGAAUUGCACUGUCUGAUCCAGUUGCUAAGGAGAGCUGUAUGCUAAAUCUGCUGCUUUCACUGCCAGAACCUAAUCUUAUUACCUUCCUAUUUCUGCUGGAUCAUUUGAAAAGGGUGGCAGAAAAAGAGCAGAUCAACAAGAUGUCAUUGCAUAACCUGGCCACCGUCUUCGGACCCACACUACUGAGGCCGUCAGAAAAAGACAGUAAAAUACCAACAAACCCCACACAGGCAAUCUCAAUGGCAGAUAGCUGGUCACUGGAGGUGAUGUCACAGGUGCAAGUUCUGCUCUAUUUCCUGCAGCUGGAGACCAUUCCAACACCAGACAGUAAACGCCAGAGCAUCCUUUUCUCAACAGAGGUGUAGUAGUUAGUCAUCCAAGUUUGAAACACAGCAGCAAGCAACUAUCAACAGUACAGUGUUGACCUUUAUCACUGUUUCAUUAAACAUGGGACAUCAUAUUGUUAGUUACUGUCACUGGUUUAAUCAACAGUCACAAACCAAGCUUCUUGAAUGUUUUAGAGAACUGAAUAGAAGCUCUCCUAUUCAUGUACACCAGAGGGCAGUGUAUAACAGUGAUAAUUUAACACCUCUUAUGUUAUAACUUGAUAUCUUAAUGAUAUAUUCAAGUAUGAAGGCGAUGGAUAAUUCUGUAUAUUUUUCAUUCCUUUAACAGUUCCUCAGCAAAUAGAAACACGGUUGGAGUUUGCUAUUGUAAUAAGCAAUUGUAGAUUGGAAUGUAAAUGGGAAUUGAACAUAUACAAGACCCAAAGCAAUCCAUGACCAUGGAAAAGCUUCUGAGAAAAAUGUUUUGUGUUAGUCGUACCAGUGCAUUAUUUUCUGACAUUAUAGAAAGCUUUGUUCAAAUAAUA